AUGGCGAAGUCAAUUGCUGACCAGAUAAAGGCGCUGAAGCUGAAAGUCGAUGCGGACCCGCGCAAGAAACCACACAUCCGCCCUUCGAUUAUCUAUAAUCCCAAAGACGCUGCCGACAUUGACAUCGAUACAAUUUUUAGCCUUGCUCUCUCUGGUUUGGAGGUUUUAGUCAGCAAAGAUGAAAGGUUUAGUGCAUUCAAACGUGAUUUGUUUAACCACAAGAGUAAAGAUAUGGAUAGGGAGCUGAUGGGCAUUGAGGAAAACAAUCAAAUUAAUGCCAGCAUUGCCUCAUAUUUAAAGUUGUUAUCAGGAUUUUUUGAAUUGCUUGCGGCACGAAAGACGCUCGAGUAUUUGAUACGUAGAUACAAGAUUCAUGUCUACAACACUGAGGAGCUGAUUUUAUGCACUUUACCGUACCAUGACACACAUGAAUUUGUAAGAGUGAUACAAUUAAUUGAUCCAGGAAAUAGUAGAUGGAAGUUUCUUGAUGGUGUAAAAGGGUCAGGUGCACCAGCCCCUAGGAAGGUUAUUGUGCAGCAAUGUAUCCGAGAUCUAAGUGUUUUGGAGGCCAUUUGCAACUUUGCAAUGCCAGCGAAGAAAAUUCAAUCAAUGAAGGCUGUUACUAGCUUUUGCACAGCCGUUAUUCUUGAGGUUUUGGGCUCCAUGAUAACUGUUAGUGGUGAUGUGGUUAAUAAGAUACUUCCGUAUCUUAUUUCAGGACUUCAACCUGGUGCCAAGGGGAAUAUUGAGCACAAGGCCGGUGCAUUGAUGAUUGUUGGUUUGCUCUCUCAAAAAACAAAAUUAUCCUCUAGUCUGGUUAAAACCUUAAUUCGCUCCAUAAUUGAUGUUGCUCAAGAGGAUGCAAAAGAACCUUAUGAUUUGCAACUGUUCCGCAUGCCCUUGAUGGCCUUGAUUAAUCUUGUUCAGUUGCAACAUGUGGUGUUGAUUCCCAAGAAGAGUAUGGAUUUGUUAUUGGAGCUCAGGGAUAUUUCGGAAAUUCUUGGCGUUUUGACUGAGGAAUUCAACAUUGAUCAGUUUCUAACUGUUUUCCUCAACUCCCUUCUCGAGCACAGUUCUACUGACCCAGCCUACCAUCACACUUUAAUGGUGACAAUAGACACGAUUCCCUUGAAAUUCUAUGUUGAUCGUUUGGUCUCCAAAUUGCUUAAAAGUUAUGUGAAAGAAUGCAAAGACGAAGGUCUGCCUAAAGCAUCUGAAUCAGGAAGUCGGGCAAAUGAAAUUUUGACAUCCCUGUAUAAAAGAUAUCCAAUUGAACUACGUGAAGCUGUUAGAAGGAUCCUUCAGGAUUCUAAAUUGCAGUCUGGAAAAGAGGGAAAUCAGGAGUUAUUCUUAAACAUAUUAGAAGGAGAUGGUGGUUUUCCUGUUAACUCACCCGAUUCAAAACUUCUCUUUGCACUUGAGCACCCCAAGCCUGAGGUACGUCGUUCUGCGGUUACUGGGCUGGAUGUUACCAGUAUUCUUAAAGUUGUUGAUGCCAAGGUGUUUGAUGUCAUCCAAGAUGCAUUACUUCGCCGCCUUAUGGAUGAUGAUCUGACUGUUAUUCAAGCAGCUCUAAAUGUGCAGUGUCUGGAUGAGAUUAUAAGCUUGUCAGCUCUUCUCGAUAUAUUGGAGAGUGUGUUGGACAGAUGUAUUUCUAUUUUAAUGUCAAGUGCAUCUGAUGAUAUAGCUCUAGCUAGUGAUGUUGCUGUUUCAUGCCUGCAGCGAGCAAUAAUGAUUUUCAAAGAUCAUGACAAGUUUACAAAGAAACUAGCGAAAAUGAUCUUACCUUUAGUCUUGAUCCUGCCAAAGAUCCAACAAGUUAACUUCAAGGCGUUGGAACUUGCUAAAGAAGUGAAGUGGCCUCUAUUUGGGAAUCGCUUGAGUCUUUUGAGAGCCGAGAAGAAACGUGAUCUUAAACAUGUAUCCUCAGUAAAUUUGGAAAACAUCAGUAAGUUAGCUGAAUAUUUCUUGGUGAACUGCAACGAGUUGACUCCUUGGCUGUUGGAAUGCUCCAAAACAAAUCAGCUGUCGAAGACUGUAUAUUUGUUCCUCCUAUUACAGUCAUCCAUGUUGCCAAAACCAGAUUUUGCGCAGUUUUCUUUAAUUUAUGAUGCUUCUUUUCAAUUACUUCAAUGUGAGUGGGACAUGGUAGAAGUUGCUGGGAUUGUUGUCAAUGCUGAAGAGACCAAGUCAAAAAGCCCUGGUGGCGAUUGGAGCACAGUUCUCACGCGCCUAUCAAAUUCCAGCAGGAAUGAACUAAAUGCAGAGCUCCUAAUUUGCUUGUGUUGGAGAUUGGUGGAAUGCUUUAUUGUCACUGCACAGGAAAAUGAUAACAAUGAGAUGUGGUUAUCCCAACUGCGGAGUUUAUAUAUUUUCUUUGUCACUCGGGCUAAUCGGGUUUUGAAGGAGCCUCUUCAUCACCUUGUUUCAAAGUGCAAGUUACCAUUUGUGCGGCUGCUGACAGACAUCUUUACUGAAGAAGGAUCCCCUGUUCAAGUCCAGGCUGAAAGUCUUCAUUAUUUUGAGCACCUUUGUUCUACAGCAAAAGCAGAGAAGGAUUUAUCAUGUGAACUAGCCAUUCAACUACUAGAUGAAUUUCCUUCACUUCUUGUUCCGUUGGCCAGUAGUAAUCAGGAUGUGCGAAUGGCUGCCAUGGCCUGCAUCGAAAAGUUACGUAGCAUACAUCCCCACGUUGACUUGUCCAGAAGUAAAAAUGGACGCAGUGUUGUAUGGAUGCACUUUCUUGGGGAACUCUUGGGCCUGAUGGUUCCGCAGAAGAUGCUAAUGCUAUCAAACCAGAAUGUACUUCCUUCAAUUUUAAAGGCCUUGCUCAGUACUUCAUCUGAGAGCCUUUUGGUGCAGGAAAACAUUGGAAAUAGAUUCGAUGAGUCAACGAAGGACAAAAUAUUGGCAUACCUUUUAAGCUCAGUGCAACGGCUGUCUGCCUAUGCUAAGGUUACACAAUUGUCUUUUUUGUUCAAUUUGAGAAUGGUAGACAGAAAAAGUGAUGUGUUUUUGCUCCUUUGGCAGCUGAAGGUUUUUUCUAUGCUCAAAGAUUUGGGAAAUAAAGUUACUAGGGACCCUGUAGUAAAAUCAUUAAUGGAGAAUCUUCUAGAAAGGCGCUACCAAUACCACAUCAAGCAGAAUGAGUUGUCCCAAAAAUUGUCACAAGUUGAUAAUGAUAUACUCUGCCUGCUGCUGGAGAUGUGUAUGGUGCCCACUUUAUCAGAUGUUGGGCAUGAUUUCGGUGAUCAUGCUAUAGUUAAGGCGUUGCAAGUAAGUGGAUGUACACAUGAAGACGCAGCUAUUGUGGGGCCUUGCAUUACUGUUUUGAAGCAUCUAAACAAUUCCGUAUAUGGAUGUUUAAAGGCCAAAAAUCAGGAAAAGCUCUUUUCAUAUCUUGUUAUUCUCUUGCGAAAUGGGAAUGCAGACAUUCAAAAUUCAGCCAGAGAGGCCUUGCUUCAGCUAAAUGUUAGCUAUUUGGUGGUUAAAAAGAUGCUUGAUUUCAUUGUGCAUCAUCUUGGUUCCUCUAGUGGGUCAAAUUUGGGAAAGAAGAAAAAGAAAUCGAUUGCUCAUCAGGGUGAUUUGUUCGUAAAUGUGUUCCAGAGAGGGGACAGUGGAUUAUCUUUUCUAAGCUCUCUGCUUGAUGUGUUGAUAUUGAAGAAAAAUAUGGACAGCAGAUCUUUUUUGAUAGGUUCCUUGUUUGAGCUUCUUCACUUUAUUUUUAUGAAUGAUGAGUGGGUGAACCCUAUCAUGGACGAAGCUAAGGAUUAUGUACAGGCAUCACCUGGAGGCCGUGCAUCCGGGGCUCAAGUUUAUAUUCAACAAACAAUACUAAUGAUUUUGGAAGAUAUUUGUUCUCCUCCCUUAAGCAAUGUUGCAGAAAAGGAUGAGAUGGUAAAUAAGUUCGACUUGGAGCUCUUGGUUAAAUGUGCUCGUUUGUCUAGUGAUAUAGUCACGCGCAAUCACGUCCUCUCAUUGUUCUCUACCAUUGCAAAGACUAUGCCAGACAAAGUUCUGAACCACAUUCUAGACAUUUUGAAUAUCAUUGGGGAAUCAGCUGUUUCAAAGUGGGAUGCUCACUCACUACGGGUGUUUGAAGAGGUCAUAUCUGCAGUUGUUCCAUUCUGGUUGUCAGAGACUCGUGACACAGAAAAGAUGCUCCAGAUCUUUGUUGAUGUACUACCACAAAUUCCACAGCAUCAGAAGCUUUCAAUUAUCACAUGUCUCUUGAGGAACCUGGGAGAGAGUAAUGGCUUGAGUUCAUUCCUGUUCCUCCUUUUUUAUUCUUUGGUCUCACAGGAUGGGCUAUUCUCACCUGCUGACAAAGAGCCUGCUGUACAAUUGACAUCUAUAAUAAACACGCGAUGGGAAUAUAUAUUUGCCCUGGAAUUAUCUGCUCAAUAUUCAUGCAUUGUAUGUCUUCAUUCACUUGUGUUGACGCUCAAGAGAAUAAGAACAGCUCCUCAGAGUAAAGAGCAUUAUACGCUGUUGUUAGUUGCAAUGCAGUUCGUGCUUGAGAAACUGCAAGAUCCUGAAGUUUCUUUCAAGCUUGAAUCAGGGGAAGAUGCGGAUGUUAUUCAGGGAACUCUUGGAGCUUUAAUGGAGCAAGUUGUUUCUCUUUUCCAAUGGGUGAAUGUUAGGGAAAAAUCUGUGGAGGUUUCUUUGUUCAUAAGAAAAGGACUGAAGGAAUUGAUGCAUGUUGUCUUGAAGGCUAGUGUGAGGAGCCUGGUACCCUUGUCAUAUUUCAAAGUCAUGCUUCAAUUGCUGAGGCGUGAUGAUAAAAAUGUGAGAAAGAAGGCUCUUGGACUUCUUUGUGAAACGGCAAAAGAAAGUGGUGCCACAGACAAAAGCAAUCAAAGACGUCGGUCGGGAAAAAGCCUGAAUAGUUUGUGGCUUCAAUUUGAUGAUACUGCAAAGAAGUCUCUGGACGAUACAUGUUUAGAGAUACUAAAGUUGAUCGAUGAUCCUGAUUUAGAAGGAGGUGCUGCAUUGAAACUCUCAGCAGUCACUACGCUGGAAGCUCUUGUUGAGAGAUUUCCAUUGGAUGAUCCAGUUCUUGCUGUGUGCCUCCGAUCUCUUAGUAAAACCAUCAGCCCAAGCGAUUCAGCUGUUUCUGCCGGCUGCCUUCGAGCAGCGAGUGCCUUUAUUCACGUACUUGGUCCAAGGGCCUUGUCUGAGCUCCCUGGUAUCAUGAAAUUUUUGUUCGAUAAAUCACAGGAAAUUUCUACAUCCAUUGAACAAGACAUUUCUAACAGUAUUGAAAAGUCUUCUGUCCCUUCAAGAAAUUUGAAGGAGUCGAUUUCCAUGUCUCUCCUUAUUUCCUUGGAGGCAAUUGUUGACAAGCUUGGUGGUUUCCUAAACCCAUACCUCGAUGAUAUUCUGCAACUUCUUGUCUUGCAUCCUUGUUAUGCUUCUACUGCAGAUGAAAGGAUAAAGUUGAGAGCUGAUUCUGUGCGGAAGCUUAUAACCGCAAAAAUUCCUGUUCGGCUUCUUCUGCCUGCUUUGCUAAGGAUAUACUCGGGCGCCAUCAAAUCUGGUGGAUCGAGUGUAUCUAUUACAUUUGAAAUGCUAGGAAAUAUGGUUCAAACUAUGGAUAGAUCUGCUAUUGCUGCUUAUCAUGUGCAAAUUUUUGAUCUGGGUUUGCUUGCUCUUGACCUUCGAUGUCAGCAUAAUGAGUUUAUCAAAGAUAUUUAUGUUGUGGAGGAGAAAGUAAUUGAUUCUAUAGUCCGUCUGAGUAUGAAACUUACUGAAACCAUGUUCAAGCCUCUUUUUGUUAAGAGCAUUGAGUGGUCAAGGAUGGAUCAAAGUGAGGGAAGCAAAAGCAUUGACCGUUCUCUAUCAUUCUAUGGCCUGGUUAAUAAACUUGUGGAAUCCCAUCGGUCGUUAUUUGUGCCAUAUUUCAAGUACUUGCUCAAUGGAUGUAUUCAGCAUCUUUGUGAAGAUGCACGAGUUGGUUUAACACCAAAGAAAAAGAAAUUGAAGUCUCGUGGGGGCAUCGAGAGGAAUGACAUUGGCGAAGAAUCUCUUGGAUUAUGGCACCUACGAGCAUUAAUUAUAUCCUCACUGCAGAAGUGUUUUGUUUAUGACACUGGGAACCUGAAGUUUCUUGACUCGUCUAAUUUUCAGAUCCUCCUGAAACCAUUAGUAUCCCAGCUUGUCAUGGAGCCACCACCUUCUUUGCAACAGCAUCCUGAAGUUCCAUCAGUAGACGAAGUUGAUAAUAUACUUGUUAGCUGUAUUGGCCAGAUGGCUGUUACUGCUGGAUCAGAUCUUCUCUGGAAACCUUUGAAUCAUGAGGUUUUGAUGCAGACAAGGAGCGAAAUGGUUCGAGCCCGUAUACUGGGUCUGAGAAUCGUCAAGUACCUGGUGGAGAAUCUUAAAGAAGAGUAUUUGGUACUUUUGCCUGAAACCAUUCCAUUCCUUGGUGAAUUGCUUGAGGAUGUCGAACGCCCCGUGAAAACUCUUUCACAAGAAAUACUCAAACAGAUGGAGUUUAUGAGCGGUGAAAAUCUCAGAGAUUACCUCUGA